AAACGUCAAGCGUGCAGAUGAGACGUUGGAUUUCUACCGGUGAUGGAGAGUUGUGUAUCGUUAGUCCCUCUGAUGUCUGUAUUCUCUGGACAAUCUGUUAUCCUGCGCAUUCUUCAUCUCGUCGACGGCCCCCGUCUAUGUCUUGGCACGUUCCAAUCGCACCUUCAUCGGCAGCUCUCUCACUUUAGCGUCUCACCGUUGUAUCCCACGGAGUGGCGCUCAUUCUUCUGAGCGAUAUCUACGACGUUUUCGUCUUCCCGUGCUAUAUUUUGCCUCUCCCUAUGCAGACCCUCGUCAUCUGGGCUGGUCGAAAACCAGUCCUAUACGUAGGGAGUGGUUCACACGCGGGAGACAUUUUUACGUUUUGUCUCCUAGCGUAAAUGGCUGAUAUGUCUGGUGACUGUAAAUGCACGAUAUAUAUAUUUUUGCAAGGUCGACGAAAUGCUGGAUAUUGGGUAAUGGAUAUCCGGCGCGAAUAUUUUUCUAAUCGCUCUCCAACACUCUGGGUGACGAUGGGUUUUCUACACGUUCAUCCUCAUUUUAUGGGAGCAAGAAGGAUAUGUGCAUCUUUCGCAGGAUGCACCAGCCGUUGCCUUGGCGGUCCCUUCAUCAUGAGGGUCACCGAACGAAGAUGAUGGUGACAUGCAAUAACACACGUAGUUUACAUAGAUCGUCGUUCUCAAUAUAUUGUUGUUAAGUAUGA